AUGCGUGGUCUCGUUUUUAUCACUGUUGUUCUUGUUGCAUUCGUUGCUUCUGAAUCCUGUCAGGAUACCAGACCUACUUGUCCAUCCGUCAAAGAUUCAUGUAAUCAAGCUGAUGUUAGAAGAGGAUGUCCAAAAACCUGCGGAGUCUGUGUCACUGAUACUCCAUUCGUAUGCGAAGAUAAACUUGGAUUCUGUCCAAACUAUGCUCCGCAGUGCCACGAUGAAAACAUUGCCGAACAAUGCCCAAAAACGUGCAAAAUCUGUGGAUCAACUUCUGCUAGUCCGAAGAUUUGA